GAGCAGUGUUCGUAUUUCCUAUAACAGUUCCUCAGACCGCAAAACGUCCAGCAAAACUAUCAAACCUAUACCAGAAAAGAUACCAAAAAUACCCUCGAAGCAAUCGCCAGUACUUUCCAAGUUCACCCCGAUCAACAAGAGCCGAAAACAUAAUCCCGUACCUUCACCAAUCCGGUCUGAACUCUGGACUCCGCCAAAUAUUAACUUAGCUCCAUCCUAUACUGAAGGAAUCUUCCCGAGUAACUGGGGAGCAACCCUAACUGAUUCUGACUCCUUUCCUGACUUUGGUUCCGAACUCUCUGAACCAUACAGAAGUGACGAUCAAGACUCAGCAACAGGCUCAGUAAGAGGCCCACCAGCAGCAGUCUCCACUGCUUCCUCAGAACGCACCAAUGCUUCAUCAGAACCCCUUGUAUGGACGACCGUACUUAGAGUUAGUGCUACCCCAUCACCAACAGCUAGUGCUCCACGAAAGAAUGUUCCCCGGAAUAUCAUAGUCCCAUGUCAAGUUCUCACUCGGUCCAAGUCUAGUGCAGCCUGCUCAAGAUGCCCAACAGCAACAGGCCCAGCAACAGGUCCACCAAUAGGCCUAGCAGGCUCUACUACCCCCUCACCAGUACCCGUCACUGAUCUACUGAAGGCUCUUGCACUGGAGACCCCCAUAUUCAAGCCCUUACAUCCCUCUCAG